GUAGCGCGUCGGUUGAACGUGACGUUAAGUUUUUGAUCGUUUGAUUGUGGAUUAUUUUUCCUUGCUAAGAAAUAUUUGUUAAUAGUAUCAAAAAUAUAAGGGAAAAUGUCGUCGAGUGAUAUAAAUAUGUUAGUCGACAUGGGUUUCAGCAUAUCUAAAGCAGAGAAAGCUUUAGAAAUUACGGGAAACAAAGGAGUUGUUCCGGCAAUGGAAUGGCUCUUGGCUCAUUCAAAUGAUGCUGAACCAUCACCUGAACCACCAACUACUGAAAGUGCACCGAUGUCUAAUCCUGUAACAUCAGACCAACAAGACACUGCUGAUGCUAGUGGUCAGGUUUCCACUACUGAAGUUGCUAAAUCUAUGAAAUGUGAUAUCUGUGGAAAAUUGUUUAAAUCUAAUUUAGAAGUUGAAUUCCAUGCAACAAAAUCUGGGCACGAUAGAUUCUCUGAAAGCACAGAAGAGAAAAAGCCUCUUACAGAGGAGGAGAAGAAAGAACAAUUACGGAUAUUAACAGAAAAAUUAAAACAAAAAAACAAAGAACGAGAAGAGCAGGAAAAAAAAGAUGCACAAGAAAGAGAAAAAAAUAGAAUAAAAUCGGGAAAAGAAAUGGCUCAAGCUAGAAGAAAAUUAGAGGAGCUAAAAAUGAAAAAGUUGUUAGAUGAAAGGAAACGUGAAAAAGAGGAAGAAAAAUUAGCACGGCAAAAGGUUAAAGAACAAAUUGAAGCAGAUAAAGCUGCCAGGCGUGCCAAAGCUGAUGCUGAAAAAGCAUUAGCAGCAUCUCCUUCUACACCAUCAUCCUCUACUAGUACUUAUCGAAAAGAAUAUAAUGACACAAAAUUACAAAUUAGGCUUACUAAUGGACAAACAUUAACACAAAGCUUUGGAAGUAAAGAAAAGUUGUCUGCUGUAAGAUUGUUUAUAGAAAUUAAUAGGACAGAUGCACCUGGCCCGUUUAGUUUAAUGACAAAUUUUCCAAAGAAAAUUUUCAUGGAAGAAGACUAUGAAGCUCCACUUAAUGCUUUAGGCCUAACACCAUCUGCAGUUUUAAUUGUUCAGAAGAAGGUGGAAUAACCAUAUUAAGUAUAAGAUACUAUUUGCCGCACAGUCAACAAUAUGAUUUUUCAGCUAUUGUAAAAUAUUUUACAGAUUGUUUACAAAAAACCAGCAUUUUGUCAUCUUCUAUUCCUAAAACAUUCUCUAUUUAUAAUUAACAAAGAUAAAAAAUAUAUACAUUUGGAAAUA